GCUUGUCACUGUGACUGCCAGAACACCCUUCCUGUGAUUGUUCCUGAAGGAGCCUGGUCUGUCUGUGGGUGAGCCCCAGCCAAGGGAGCAGGAGAGCUGGUUGUCAGGAUCACCCUGGGGGACUCCCUCCUGUUGCUGGGUAAACAACCCAGCACAGGGGUGGAGAGGAGGGAGGAGGGAGACUUCCAGAUCCACAGCCCUGAGUGUGGCGGCCUUCCUCUCCUCCCUCCUAAUGCCUUUGGCCCUCUCUGGCCCCAGCCCUCAGCUCCCCAGCCCUGCGUUUUCUCAGGCAUCUUCAGCCUUCCUGGGAACGCCAGCCCUGCCAGGAUUUGAAUUUGAUGCUCAGGACUAGGAGGAAGGAUCCUCGGCAGACAGCCCAGAGCAACUCGGAAGGGCCCGUGGAGAAGGGAAGGCAGCCAUCGAUGAGAAGCACCAGGCCACGGGCUCUUCAGCCUUGGAGGGAGCAGAGAGAUUUGGAGGCUGAGAUGGGGCAGCACUUCAUGGACCUAGAGAUGGGGGAUGCUAAGGCCCAGGAGAAGGAGGAAGAGCAGCCUCUGGGUCUCCUUCCUGCCUCAAAGGGCUGGGACCAAGGCCAAGUGAUCAAGGCCAUUUGGAGAGGCCAACUGGGCCUGAUGAAGCAGUUGCUGAGGCAGGGGACCUGCAUCAAUGAGAGGGAUCCAGCAGGCCGGACCCUGCUCCAUCAUGCAGUGGUAAGUGGCCACAUCCCUCUUGUCCGCUUCCUAGUACAGCGUGGGGCCGCAGUGGAUGCAGCAGAUGAGGAGCUGGUCACUCCUCUGCACUGGGCCACCUGGAAGGGGCAGACCCAGGUGGCCGAGCUGCUCUUACAGCGGGGGGCCCCAGCUUUAGCCAAGAGUCGGAGAGGCUUCACACCACUGCAUUGGGCAGCUGCCCUUGGACACACACUUCUGGUCCAGCGGUUGCUUGCCCAUGGCCUGGAUGCUGCCAGUGGGGAUGCGCAUGGGUGGACAGCACUGCACUGGGCAGCUGCAGGGAACCAGCUUCAUGUAGUAGAACUCCUGAGCCACCAGGGCAUCUCACUGGACAUCAGCUGCUCAGGAGGCCCCUGUCCUGUGCACGUGGCAGCAGGGACUGGAAGAAAGGAGAUACUACAGUUCCUUCUGGUCCUGGGAGCAAAUGUCAAUACCCAAGAUGGCACUGGAGCAACAGCCCUCAUCAUUGCCUCAGACCUGGGGGACCAGGAGGUGGUAAGGCUGCUCUUGGAUCAUGGAGCAGAGGGAGCUCUUCCAGACCAACAUGGCCGCUCUGCCCUCCACCGGGCUGCUGCUGCAGGCCACCUUCCUGUGGUCCAGCUGCUGGUGGAGAGAGGAGCUGAGGUGGAUGCCCGGGAUGGACUGUAUCUCACACCCCUGCACCAUGCAACCCUGGGGGGACACACUGUGGUUGCCAGCUACCUGCUGGACCAAGGAGCAGAGGUCAAUGCCGCUGGUUGGCUUCACAAGACUGCCCUGCACUUGGCCUUGGAGAAGGGUCAUUGCUCCAUGGCAGAGCUACUACUGAGGUGGGGGGCCAGCCCCAACCUGCGGACACAGUGGCUGGAGACUGCACAAGACCUUGCUGGCCCAGGCAGUCCUCUUAAGACUCUCUGUUCUCUUCAGAAAGGCCAAGAGGAGAUAUGCAAGGCUGGGCAGAACUUGGGCACCUCCACGUAGACACUGGAGUGGAGGGAACGUCUGUCUGGGUACCACCUGGAUUUGAGUGGUUCUAUGUUACUGGCUCACAGGACUUAUGGGAGAUUCCCAACUCUCUCCUUUUAUAGUGGAGGAAACUGAUUAAGAUUACAUCGGUAUAACCUCUAGCAGACUAUUUCCUGCUUCCCAAGAAGGCAGGGGAAGGAGAGAAGGAGGAAAUCUGGCUCCUAAAAUACCAGAAAAACAAUCGCCAAAAAUGGCUUCUAUAUUUAACGGAAAAAAUUAAGUUUUUUAAAAAGAUCAUAAGGAUGAUGACUAGAGUUGGCAUCAAAGCCUGGGCAAUGAUCUACAAAAUGGGAACAAUCCUUGUAUUGUCUUAGAGCAUUCCUGUAAGGAGAGUAAAACCUCUAGUGACGUACAGAAGUGAGUUUUCAUUGUUGCUCUUAUGCCUGGGACCUCAGAGAAAUGCCCGUUUUCAAGAGGACGAAUGAAGGUGGGGACUGAGGAGUAAGCUAGAUGGGCAGAGCCUAUCCCAUUUGCCAUGUUUAUUCUUUCUGAGAGGGGAAUGGGGCAGCAGUAACCCAAGUCCCUGGACACUUGACCACAUGACCCGGCCAGUUCUGAUUCUGAAGAAUAAGAAUGUCUACCUUCUGCCAUUGCUUUUUGAGGAGAUUUACUAAUAACAACAAUAGUUAUUUACUAACAUUUUACUAACAACAGUUAAUAACAACAUGUAUACAGCACCUUAAAGCUUGCAGAAUCCUU